AUGGUUCGCUCGGCAGGCCCCUCAGAAUCGAAACCAUCUCAGCCCACUGGCACAACACAACAUCAGCCAGCAUUCACACUUACUGCUCUUGCCCCUCAAAUCAAGAAUGGAACACUUCGGCCCGCUGCAGCCUCUGAAUUCCCCAUCAUCGCCUACUCUUUGGAUGGAUCACCCAUCUAUCAAGGGAAGACUGAAUCAGGCCACAUAUGGUGGGACAUCUGCGACUGUGAUGAUUGUUUCCAAAAUGCACAAGAAACUGAUCUCGAGCUCGAAGCCGAGAGAGAACGGAAGCCUAAGCCGAGAAAGAAUAAAACUUAUCAGCAAAAAUGA